AUGGGCAACCGUCUUCUUGAUCGAUUGCGUCUGAUGCAAGCUGAACUGACUUAUAUCCGUCAGGAUAUUCACGCUCAUCCAGAAACGGCUAUGAAAGAAGUACGUACUGCUGUUCUGGUUGCUACUAAGCUUAAACAAUGGGGUAUCACUGUCACCGAAGGAGUCGGUAGUAUGGGUGUAGUCGGCACAUUAGAGAGUAAGGUACCAAGUAAUCGUUCUAUUGGUCUGCGCGCUGAUAUGGAUGCUCUUGAAAUUAUUGAGAAGAACAAUGUAUCAUAUGUUUCCACGAUAUUUGGUAUCAUGCAUGCUUGUGGUCAUGACGGACACACCACGAUGUUACUUGGUGCGGCUAAAUACCUAGCAGAAAAUCGAGAUUCAUUCUCAGGAACUGUUUACUUUGUUUUUCAACCGGCAGAAGAAAAAAUAGGUGGCGCC